UCCACGCAAUGCUGCACGCCGCGCGGCGCGGCGCGGCGCGGCUCCGGCUGCUCCGCGGCGACGCCCUGCUCGCAGGGCUCCUGGCCGCCCUCGGCCCGCUCGCCUCCGGCUCAGACGACGCGGCGAGGUUGGGGGAGACGUGCGCCGAGGCGGCGCGGCUGUGGGCCGAGGCGGGCGCCACUCUGGGGUGACACUUGGUGGCCCGACGCCUCGCCGUUUGGGGGGAGCGGCACCCUCCUGCGUCCUGGCUCCUGCGGAGUGCUCCUGCACAUUGAUCAGAGCAGCCUCAUGCACCAACCGCUCGCCAACUCUUUGAUCUGAGGUAACGGAGGUAAGGUAAAACCUCUCCAC